AUGGGCGCAUCCGACUCCAAACUCUCCUUCAAGCAGGGCAUCUUCCGCCUGUCUGAGCCCAAGCAGAUCCCUGCCGACGAUGUCUACUGGACCGGUUUCUGGGAGCUGCCCGAAUCGACCGAAGAUGUCUUCUCCCUCUUCUCGCCCGCAGACAUUCGCCGCACCCGCGACAACAACCUAGCCAACCUCGAGACGCUGGUGCUCGCAGUCACAUCGCGCCUCAUUGUCUUGCGCAACCACCCCUCGUUCCCAGACCCUGACCUCGCCCCGGAGCGCGAUGCCCUCAACUGCAUCCGUGUCCUCACCCGCCUGUUGCCCUUUUUGUACGAAGCCGAUCACCUCGAUACGUGGGAAGACCAGUUCUUUUGGGCUGAGCGUCGCAAGCGCAGUCGUAGAGGCCAGCUUGUGCGCAGCGAGGUCAUCUUCGACGAGGCCGACCCGGAACAGACGCCCACAGAGAAGGAGCCCGAGUUUGAAAAGGCCAAGCCGCUGGCCGAGGAGAUCAUCGACACCCUCAUCGACUUGCUCUUCUUCUCCAACUUCACCCUGCCAAAGGUAGCCCCAGGCAAGAAUAAGGUCAGCUAUGCCAUCUGGCAGAGCGGCGUCGGCUGCAAUACGCCCGUCGCAUCCACAAAGGAGUUUGAAAGUAACAGGACUGAGAUCUUGCGCCUGCUUCUCACCCUGGCCAGCAAGUCCAUGUACAUGUCGGCGGGUGUACUGCCAGUAAAAGGCGUCAAGGCAAUCACAUACAUCGCCACAUGUCCAGACAAGCAAGUCGUCUUAUCUGUGCUCUGCUCGCUCCUCAAUACUACGCUCAAGUACAACCCCGCAACAUGGCGCGUGCCCUACGACCACGUCGUCUUCAAGGACCAGCGGCAGAUUUUGGUCACGUACUGUUUGCAGCUACUAUUGGUACUCGUCCUGUACCCCAUCCCCGAGCCCGGAAAUGGCCCAGCGCCCAAGAAUUUCUUCCGUCACUUCCUUGGUCGUCUGCACCGUCCACAAGAUUUCCAGUUUCUCGUUGAUGGCAUGACAAGAAUCCUCAACCAGCCGCUCCAAGCAAACACGUCCUAUCUCCCCGGCAGUCACAAGUCACUGACAUGGGCACCGGAGAUGAUCAUGCUCUUCUGGGAGGCGCUGCAAUGCAACAAGCGCUUCCGCUCCUUCAUCAUCGACACCGACAGAGCCCAUGACUUUGUUGUCUUGGUUUUGUACUAUGCCAUUGAUCAGCGCAACGAUCCCUCCAAGCAGGGUCUUGUGCGCAUGUGCAUCUUCGUGCUCCAGACACUAAGCGUCGAGCCACAGUUUGGCAAGAGCCUCAAUAAGACAUUUGAAGGCCAAGAGUCGCUUCCAGCCAGCAUCCGGAUACCAAACUUCCAUGGCACAUAUGCCGACUAUGUCAUCACAUCAAUCUACACUCUUCUCACCACCAGCAAAGGCAAGCUUGAUGCGAUAUACCCUGCACUACUUGCAAUACUCAACAACAUUGCCGCUUACGUUCAGAAUCUUGGACGGGCGACUAGCUCAAAGCUAUUGCAGCUCUUUGCAUCCAUGUCUUCGCCUAGCUUCUUGCUUGCCAAUGAAAACAACCACACACUUCUGCACUCGCUCUUGGAGGUCUUGAAUGCCAUAAUAGAGCACCAAUAUCCGCACAACCCAAAUCUCGUCUACGCGAUUGUUCGUUCACGGAAGCGGUUCCAAGCGCUCCGAGACUUCACACUUGAAAGCGGCCAAGAGGAGCUCGAGCGCCAGAACCAACUGCGGAAGGAGGGCGGAGAGGACAUGACACGCACGAACUCUUUAGACAGUCUAAGAAGCCCGACAGUCGCGCGAACACCCACCCUGGGCAAUGUGCCAGAAGAAGACAGCGCUUUUGCAAUUGGUGACGACGAUGAUUCGGACGAGGAAGCAGAUGCGUCGCGCACAUCCGGGCCAAUCAGAUCUCCUCCACAAUCACCUUCGGGCGCUUCAAGAAGUGCAUCAAUAGCCUCGUCCGUGGAUGAUUCAGUACCUUUGCAACUAAGGGGUAUGUCAGAAAAGGCACGAGGCAAGCGACCAGUGGGCCAGCCAGCAUUUUCUAGGCAAAACAGCAUGACGAGCUUGCACAGCGCAGCCGGUCCGGCAAUGGCUUCCAAUGAGUUCUUUACUCCGUCUGUCCCAUGGUUGGAAGGAUGGCUUUCGGAGUUGCCGCUACAUACUAUCCUCAUGCUGAUAUCGGAGCUUGGGCCCAAGCUGCCCGCUUCAGGAAACUCCAAUGAUACAGCAGAAGCUCUGAAGAUCAUUCGGGAGACCGAAGUGCGCGGCAUUGAGCCUUCCCCGAUUAGGGUGCACUUGUUCGAAUGGUCCCCGCUGUCGCUUGGUUGGUACGAGUCGCUACUAUGGGGUUUCGUCUUCGCAGCGGAGAUGCUUGUAGCAAAGGGCACGGCUGGGGUAUGGAACAACACUAGCAUCCGGCUAUUCAAGGUGCAAGAAGCAGCUGCUACAGCUCCUUCGCUCCUGCAACCGCGAGGCGCUGUAGAUGCCGUGGGCAGUAAUCUAGUGCAGCGAAUUGGCUCGCUCAACCUGCGCGGCGUGGCUGCUCAAGCCGCGCAACGCUCACCCUCGAGCAGCGGUCACCCCGGCGCUGCGAGCGUGAGAGACGUAUAA